AUGAAUGUGAAUAGGAACACCAACUACAAUUACAAUUGGAAUCACAACAAUUUCUGUGACUUCUCGGGGAAAUUCAGAGACCAUGUUACUGUUUAUGCUAAUCCUCCUUGCAUUGCACCUGCUUUUAAAAGGAGAAAAUUUAGUGUGGAUACUUGGGGAGAUGGUGGGAGACACUAUCCUCAGUACAAUGCAUAUGAAUCCGCUGAUCUAUCAACUUACAACAAUUCAGUCCCUCUGCCUACAAGAUCCAAUGCUGAGGUCUCUACAUCUACAAGUUGCAAACGUGAUCGCUCAAAACUGGAAGAAGAUGAACCAGUAUUUUUUUCAAAGGAUGAGAUUGAGAGACACUCCCCGUCAAGAAAAGAUGGAAUUGAUGCACUACGUGAAACACAUCUACGGUAUUCUUAUUGUGCCUUCCUUCAGAAUCUUGGGCUGCGGCUGGAAUUGCCGCAAACUACUAUUGGCACUGCCAUGGUUUUGUGCCACCGGUUUUUUGUUCGACGAUCGCAUGCUUGCCACAAUAGAUUUUUAAUUGCAGUUGCUGCACUUUUUCUCGCUGCAAAGUCUGAGGAGACGCCGCGUCCUUUGAACAAUGUAGUGAGAGUCUCUUGUGAGAUUUUCCACAAGCAGGAUAUUACUUUCUUGUCGUACCUGCUCCCUGUUGACUGGUUUGAACAGUACCGGGAGCGAGUGAUUGAGGCUGAGCAAAUGAUUCUGACUACACUAAAUUUUGAACUCAAUGUGCAGCAUCCAUAUGGUCCUCUUACAUCCAUCCUUAGCAAAUUAGGUCUUUCACAAACUGUGUUGGUGAAUCUGGCGCUAAACUUGGUCAGUGAAGGGGUCUACACAAGAUUAACGUGCUCACCUUUUCAGUCUGAUACUUUGGCUGUUUCAAAGACAACUAAAUUGGGAAUAACUGCGACUUUUGUUGUGCACUUGCUUCGGAGCUCCUUGUGGCUUCAGUUUAAGCCCCAUCACAUUGCUGCUGGUGCUGCCUAUCUUGCUGCCAAGUUCCUAAAUUUUGAUCUUGCUUUUUACCAGAAUAUCUGGCAGGAGUUUGAAACAACACCAGCUAUUCUCCAAGAUGUAUCGCAGCAGCUGAUGGAGCUCUUCUAG